GUUGAUAGUGGCAGCGGGUAAAAUGCCAUAGAUAUUCUCGGCUCUGCGCGUCGACGGCGUCGAGGCCCACUGCUGUCACUGCUCCCGGUCUUGUGCGCCUGCGUAGCCGUGCAAUUUGCGCAGAUAGCUGCAUAGCAUUUGCUGGCAGUGACCUAGGACGACUACUCGCUGGAGUGCGGUGCGAUAUUAGGUCUCGCACGAGACAGCAAAGCCAAAAUCUAGACUGCUCUGCCAGCACAGCCGAUCUAUUCAGCCGUACGCCGCCUCUAUUUGUCGAUCGGACGGUCGCACAACAAAAAGCACAGCUGCACUAAAUGACCAGACUCGUCGCAGUAAGCAUGCUUGCCUGGUUGCGCGGUUCGCGAGGCCUCGUCAUCAACGCGCCCAGCGCCCUGGGCAAGAAAUCGACGGCGGCCGACGUCAUCGCCACGAUUAAACCUGACCUCUCGGGCAAGAUCGCGAUCGUCACGGGCGGUAAUUCCGGCAUUGGUGUGGAGACCGUCAAGGCACUGGCGAGCGCGAAAUGCAAAGUCAUCUUGGCGUGCCGCAACGUAGCAGCCGGCAAGGCCGCGCGCGAGGACAUGUAUAGGAGGUAUGACAUCGACGUCGAGGAGCUGGAUUUGAAUGACCUGGCGUCCGUCAAGCGGUUCGCGGACCGCGUCGCGGACGUCGAUUUGCUGGUGCUCAAUGCUGGUAUUAUGGCUCUAAAUAAAAAAGAACUCACCGUCGACGGCUUUGAAAAGCAGAUCGGCGUGAACCACUUCGGCCACGCGUACCUCACGCGGCUCCUGCGACCCAAGCUCGAGGCGCGGGGUACGAUGGAAACGCCGUCGCGCGUCGUGGUGGUGGCGAGCACGGCGCACGGCUUCGCCGCCCAGGAGUGGAGUGCAGAGAGCCUCGACCUCGACUUUAAGCAGGUGAAGUACUCGCCGUGGGGCGCCUACGGCAACUCGAAGCUCGCGAAUAUAUUGUUUGCCAAGGCGUUGGCGAAGCGCCUCCCGGAGACCGUGACCGCGGUCUCGCUGCACCCGGGCGUCAUCCGCACGCCUUUAUGGCGCGAGACGGCGGCGGCCGGCGGCCUCGGCGGCUUUCUCCUCGGCCGCUUCAUGGCGGACAAGAGCAUUCCCCAGGGCGCGGCGACGACGGUCUGGGCCGCCGUCGCUCCAAACCUCCCGCGUGGCGAGUACCUCGACGACUGCGCCGUCGCGUCGAAGCGCUCGGACCAGGCGAAAGACGACGCGCUCGCGGACGCGCUGUGGGAGGCCACCGAGGCGCGCCUCGACGCGGCGGUCGCGAAGCGGGGGUUGUGAGCGGCGACGGCGUGCGUGCCGAUUGUGACGAAGACUCUGUUUAAGCAUAUACCUGUCUCA